AUGGAUGCUUCUGAAUUGAUUUUGAACCUCGUGCAGAAAGAACAAAACGAAAUAUUUCUAGCUGCAAUUAAAACGGCAGUUAAGGAAAAGAAUUUAAGCGACUGCGAACUUUUUUCCAAUCGUGAGGAUAGUUCAUCCUCUGGUCAACAUGUAAUGAAGAAAAAUUCCUUUUCCUGUGGUGUAUCUGAAAAAUCGUGCGGGGAUUGUAAAAAGAAAAAACCUGACGAAGGGAUGUUCAAGGUUUCCUUGACGACGAACGAUGAAGAUUUGGAGAACGAUAAGGAGAACGUGUCAAGGAAAAAGAUACGCGUGGAGGCGAGGCAGAUUUGCAGCAAUCGCGAAAAAAGCGACGAGGAGAAAAUCUUCGUGCUGCAGCAACUCGGUCGAUCGCAGAUACGUCCAGAAGGAUUCCCGGCAUUUCUAUGCAUCGACGGGAGGAUUGCCGGUUCAAAUGGAGUUAAACGAAAAAUCCCACGACCAGCUAACGCUUUUAUGCUGUUCGCCAACGAAUGGCGUAAAAAACUCGCUGCAGAGAAUCCUCGGGAGUCUAAUAAGGACAUUAGCGUUAGGCUAGUUUCCCUACAUCCAUUUUUACAUUUGCAUCUAGUAAUUCUAUUUAAUGGAACAUGUUCUUUUGUAUGAAAUAUUUUUUCUUCUUAAUUAAUGUACUUCCUUAUUUAAACAUUUUAACAUUUUUAAUAAUUUAAAAGCACAAAGUAUACUGUAAAUUAGAACAUUUUAUAUCGUGCAGAUUAGGCAUCCUUUGGAAGAACAUGGCGAAAGACGUGAAGGAAAAAUACUUUGCCCUGGCCCGGGAAGUGGACGCGGAGCAUAAGAGGAAGUAUCCCGGUACGCUUUAUACCUAUAGUCUCUUUUCAAACCAAUAUGACCUCGUUUUCGCGUUUGUAGCGGCUCGUCGAAGUUUAUCGAUACGACUGAAUGUUCGUGCCCCGCGUUCAGUAGGUACAUGAUAGUUCCUUGUAUCCUUACAAGCACGAAAAGAAAGGGUAACAUCAUGGUAAACUUAUCUAUGAAAUGAGGUAGAUGCAUGCACCAUACAAAAUCAUGUCUGAUGAUAAACUUGCCAAAUAUUUCUAAAUCCUACAAAGAACAAAAAAAGAAAAAACUAAAUCUCUCCUAAAUUUUCCAAUCAAUUUUUGACGUUCCACUUUUCUUAAAAGCUUCCUUUUUGCCAUAAACCUUCAAUUUAUUUUUAUUUUCAGCAUCAACCGAGUUCCAUAAUUUUCCAAGCUUUCCUGGCAAUUUUGGCUCGUCCAAUAUUUUCCGCGAAAAAAGAUCGCGUUGGGUUCGCAAAGAGAGAAAAUACGAAGCUGCGAAUGUGUUAAUGAUCGACGUUAAGUAUUUAAGGAGUUGGCACUGAUUUUGCAGUGGGGGUCCGUGUGCAGCUAGGCCGCGGAGGACAUUUAGUCGCGUGAAUGCUCAGUAACGCGAGAUAUGUGAGGAAUAAUCGCGCUUGUCGGUGGGUGUAGGUAGUAGGUAGGUAGGUAGAGCGCGGUCGUGUAUCGGGCAGGUUCCUAGAGUCGCGUCGCAAUCAAUACCUCCGGUCUCUACUGUUCCCUCCCGCCCGUUCCCCGUCACUCACCCGAGAAUAUUUCUCCGCCUGCCACCCUGUGCCCUGUACCUCGACCCGCAAAACUCGUAUCGCUCUGCUAUCCCACCCACAAAUCGACGAGCUAUAAUCGCAUUUUAGCUCCCCCGCGAUCGUUCGCUCUCCUCUCUGCUGGCUAAUCACAGUAUUCAGGACGAAAAAGUGCAAGAGCGCAUAUACGUUCGUUCAUCAUGAGGAUGAUAACUUGUAGGAAGAAUAGAAAUCGGACAAAUUAUUGCCUACGGCUUAAAUAUUUUGAUAGAAACAGAAUUUUGAAAUAUUCGGAGACAACUCAUUUUCUUUUAUUUAUUUACAUUAAAAACGUAGCUUUUUAAAAUAGCAAAAGUUGCGCUUUUUUAAAGGGAUAUCGUUUCUUAUAAUUGUUUAGAUUAUGGAUGAUUUAUAUUGAUAUUCCCAUACUUUCUAAAGUCCAAAUUUGUACCCAUUUAUUUUAAUUUUGGUAACAUGGUAUCGAAAUCAAUUGACAGUCUAACUAUUGAUCAUUGAUUAUGCUGUUUCUACGAUUCAGUGCAUUGGUAUCGGUUUAGUUGCACAAAUUGAGUGACAUUAGAUCGGCUUCGUAGGUAUCACAGGAUACGAGAGCGUGCAUAUUCAACUAUUGUAACUGUUUUAAUUAAUAAUCCAUGAAUGCUGUAGAUGAACCAAUACACUGGGCGCAAAUAGUAAUUGCAUAUUAGACAGAUCGAUCGUUUCAACCGAUACCCGUUUUACUCUUAACAUAAUCGCAUUCUCUUUCCCAUUGUCGUAAAUCCACCGCAGAAAUUAACAUUCAACGAUUGAACGAGAACUCUUCUUGUGAAUAAAUGCAAGUUCCAAUAUCGUUAUAUAUAAAAAAAAUUAAAGUUUAAGCCUCUCCAUACAUGUGAGAAGAAAUGCUUCAACAUGUGAAGUGUAACGACUAUACGUACAAUUGAAAAAUAAAAUUUAUAAACCACAAGAAAAUGAUCAAAGAAGAGUUUUAAAUUAUUUUAAGGUAUGAAAAAUGUCUAUCUUCAAAUAAAAAAUUUAAUAUGUAUACAUAAUAUUUUCUAUUCUAUCUAUAUUAUCUUCCGUUUGAUACUCUAAUUCUAUUUAUAAAAUAUUUCACAAACAAAGUUUUUAUACUAUAAAAAUUAUAAAAGAUCUCGAUAUUAAAAAUUUCCACUCUUUUCAGAAUCGAAAUUUAACGUGGAAAUCCCAAGCAUCAGGACUGGUGACCAAAUCAAAGAGAAAAGAGUAUCAGGCGUUCUCAGUAAAGGUUCAGGUAACGAUAACCAGCUGCAGCUUCAAAACGCCGAAGGGGUGCAAAGAAGGCUAAAUUCACCGCUAAACGGUAGU